AUGAUUUCAUCAAGAAUUCCAUUACAUCGUGUUAAAGGUACACAUUAUGAUUGUGGAUAUGCUUUAGGAAAGUUAUCACAUGAAGCAAUUCGUCAACGUAUUGCUGAUGAUCAUACAUUAUUAGCAUUAUUUGCUUUUGCACAAACUGAUUAUGGUCAAAAAUUACAUCAAAAUUUCAUUGAAAGAAUAUGUUCAUUAUGUCCAUGGUAUUGGGAUGAAAUUCGUGGUUUAGCUGAUGGUUCUGAAAUAUCUUUUGAACAAAUACUUGUUCUAAAUUUUUUAAAUGAAACUCGAACAGCUCAUCGUUUAUUUGAAGAAAAAAAAAAAUUUAUAGAAAAAAAUCAACAAUUACAAAAUGAAACCGGUGAAAAAGGUUGUACAACUGUAUUAAUUAAUAGAAAGGAUACAAAUACAUUAUCAUUAUUACAUAAUGAAGAUCAUGCACCAGCAUUAUAUAUGACAAGUUAUCUUGUUGAAGCUGAUAUUCAAUCAAGUAAAUAUGAUAAUGGUAAACGUGAAAGUCCACAUGAAAAAUUUAUAGCUCAUUGUUAUGCUGGUUCUAUUCCAGGAAAUGCAUUUGGCGUAAAUAAACAUGGUUUUGCAUAUUCAUUAAAUGGUCUUUAUCCAAAUUUUAUUGGAGAAGGUCGUUUACCACGACAAAUAGUUAAUAGAGCAUUACUUUCAAUUCAAAAUGAAGAUGAAUUAGAUAAAUUACUUUAUUCAUUACCUGUAGCAUAUGGUUUUUGUGUUAAUGGAGGUUUUAUUCAUCAAUCAAAUUAUUUAGUUAAUUAUGAAAUUGGUCCUAAUAUAAAUAUUGAUAAUGAAAAUUAUAUUAGUAAAUGUCUUAUAAUAAAUAAUAAAGAAAAUCUUAAAAAUACAAAUACAUAUAUAACAGUAUUAAAUUAUCUUCUUCAUUAUAAUCAUUAUGAACGUUUAGAUAAUGUUAUACCUCAACAAAAAGCACUUGAAUCAUCAUAUACUCGUGGAAAACGUGGUAAAGAACUUGGUGAAAUGUUUACUAUUAAUGAUGCUAUACGUUUAUUAGGUGAUGAUGAAAAUGAAAAAUUUCCUAUAUUUCGUCUACAAAGUGAAGAAACAGAUACGACUGCUGUAACACUUUGUACGAUACAUAUUAAUUUUCUAACAUUAGAACUUACUCUUUAUGAAAAUAAUCCAAAGAAAGAUAAUCAACCAACAUUGAUUUAUAAUUUAACUCAAAUAUUGGCUUAA